UGCGUUUUGAUCCUUGAACCAAGGCAGAGUCCCGACUCCCUCUCCCUCUUCCCUUCGUUUCACAAGCCCUAGCCAGUGCCCCACUCCGUUCGUCGUCGCCGUUCGCAGUCACUGUUGGGAAUCGCCGUUCGUCAUCGCCGUUCUUCUUCACCGUUCAAGCCAGAAACCAAAGUGGGUGCAGAAUUGCAGAAUUUCAUCAAAACAGAACGACAAAAAAAAAAAGAAAAAAAAAAAAGAUCCGUCCGUACAACUCGACAUGUACGGACGGGUCGGGUUGGGUUGGCACGCUUUGGGCAACCGGGUCGGAUCCGACCAUGCACAGAACCGACUUUUGCUUACGGGUUGCAGGCCUACUCACUAGUGGAGUCCAGUAGACAGCUGAUUGAUUGGCUGCCUGCUUUUCCUAAUUCAGCCUUCCUAAACUAGGGCUACUUUUGCAUCUUGUUUUGCAAUACGAAGCCCUAGAUAACUCGCCCUGUGCAGAAAUUGGCUAGUCAACCAUAGAAUCGAAGGCACAAUCGAGGAGUCCGAUGCAGGCUUGCUACUGAUUGGAGAGCUGGAUUUGAAGUAUGGCGGGGACUACCAACUCUGGUCACAAUGACCUAAUUACAAAAGAAGCUCCUCAGUUAACUGCAGUCUUGAAAGAAAUGAAGGAAGGGUUAGAUUCUGUAAGGAGUAAAGUUGAAGCUUUAACCACGAAGGUGAAAUCAAAUCAGCUUCCAACAGCAGAUGGGAUUAGCUAUCUUGAAGCCAAAAAUUUGCUUCUCCUAAACUAUUGCCAGUCAUUGGUCUAUUAUCUGCUUCGCAAAGCUAAAGGAUUCUCGAUUGAGGGCCAUCCUGUUGUUCGGAGCCUAGUAGAGACAAGGUUGUUUUUGGAAAAGAUUCGACCGAUUGACAAAAAGCUCCAGUACCAAGUCCAGAAGCUCACAAGGGUUUCCGCAGGUACAGCAGAAGCUGUAGGUCUGAGGGAAGAGUCAGAUGCUCCUCAGAAGGUGGAGGAUCUUUUGAAAUAUCGUCCGAACCCUGACAUGCUUGUUCCCAAAUCAGAUAUGACUUCCGAGGAAGCUGGCGGCGUGUAUCGACCCCCCAAGUUUGCCCCUACUUCUAUGGAGGAAGGUAAGAUCUCAAGGCAUGAAAGGAAUGCCUCGAGAAUGGAGAAACAGAUCCUAAGGCAAUCUAGGCAGAGUGAUUUUGUGCGUGGGCUGAUGAAUGACUUGGAGGGGAGACCUGAAGAGGUCAGAGAAAUAGUUGGACAUGAAAGUAGAGAGCUUGCUAGAUAUAUGGCAAAAAUGGAGAGGCGUGCACAGGAAGAAGAAGAGCUUUUCACUCGUGCUCCCAUGACAAAGAUGGAGAAAAAGAAGGAGAAGCAUCUAAAGAAAUCAAGAAAUGGGUUGCUUGGACUGACAGACGGUUUCUAUGAUGAAAUCAAAACCUUACCACUAGAGGAUGAUGGCAGUGAGCAAGUGACAAGCUUUGAUAAUGGUAGCAAUAGAAUGCAAAAAUUUAAGAAGCACAAGAGGCGGCACUGAGCAACAACAAAAUUGGAUCUUUGGAUUUGCUGAGCAACUGGGAGUUAAAGCUGCGUGGCAGUUCUGUACCGUUAAAGUGGUAAUUUAAUAUUUAAAUGGAUGCGUGUGGUGCAAUUUUGUUUACCAUCUGAUGUAAUUCCUUUCAAGGCAAACUACCAAAGAAUAUUGUAGAGAAAAAACCUCCCCCAGUUUUCCAGAUGAGUUUAAUUUGUUUGAUUUGAUCA